AAUUAGAAAACCAGCGUAAUGAGGAAAAAUAUCGAAAAUUCCGAUUAGAGUAAAAUGGCAAACACAGAAGAUUUUGUAUUCCAAUCUCAAGUUGAACAUCAAAAUAAAACACAUCAUUUGACUUUAACUAGAUGGCAGUUAAUUUGGGAAGCUACCUCUAAACAAAAUGCAUCUGGAAGUCAAGCUACGGAACCGUUGCUUUGCCAUGAUACAUGCAUAGACUUAAAAGAGGUCAUUGGAGUCAAGCCAAUCAAGAUCCCACCUAAAUCUUCCACAGUAAGUCUGAAAAGAACUCACAAAGUAGAUGAAAAUGUGCCGUAUUGUAUUGAGAUGCAACCAAUAGGACCUGUUGGCUUUUCUGUGUAUGUUGUUAUUCGAGCAGGGGGCCAUAAGUGGCGAUGUAAGCAGACUGCAUUCCAGUGUAAGGACAGCAACUUGUGUCAGCAGUGGAUUACUAUGAUUAAAGAGGCACUGAAAGCACCAGUAUUUAAUAGGCCACAAAAGUUGGUUGUGUUUGUAAAUCCAUUUUCUGGGAAGAAGAAAGCAGUAAGAAUUUACAGAGAAAAAGUUCUACCUCUUUUUGAAUUGGCGGAUAUUAAAGUAACUCUUAUUGAAACUGAAAGACAGAAUCAUGCCAGGGAUCUUGUGAAAGACUCGUUAGAUCUUAGUGAUAUAGAUGGGUUGAUAUGUGUAGGAGGAGAUGGCAUGUUUUCUGAGAUACUAAACGGAUUAUUGAAUAGAACAGAACAAGAUAAUGAUGUGGAAGAGACAUGCAGUUUUGAUCCAGUACCACCAGAUAUAAGAAUUGGUAUAAUACCGGCAGGUUCUACAAAUACAAUAGUAUAUACAACAACAGGUGUUAGUGAUGUUGUCACAUCUACAUUACAUAUUCUUAUAGGUGACAGCAUUGGUAUAGAUGUAAACUCUGUAAAUGUAGAUGACAAGUUUAUACGCUACAGUGUCACUAUGUUAGGAUAUGGUUACAUGGGCGAUCUACUCAAAGAUAGUGACAGUAAUAGAUGGAUGGGACCAAAAAGAUAUAAUUGGUCAGGAACAAAGAAAUUUCUUGCUAACAAUUCAUAUUAUGGGGAAAUAAAAUUCCGGUUAUCACCAAACAAUGAUAGUUCUCCAAUAGAUGAAGUCAAAUGUGUUUCAGGAUGUGAGACAUGUUAUAGAGCUAGAGAGAAUGUCAACAGUAGAUUAUGUGAUAACUUUAUAGAACAUGUAGAUUUCUCCGCUGGCGGAGCUGAUCUCGAUAGUUCAGUAGAUGGUGAAGGUGAAUGGCAGACUGUGAUAGGAAAGUUUGUAGCUGUUAAUAUGGUAACAAUGAGCUGUAGCUGUGAUCUAAGUCCUGCUGGCAUGUCACCAUAUUGUCACCUUGGUGAUGGGUGUAUGGAUCUCAUUUUAGUACAGGACUGUUCACGAAUAGAUUUUCUCAAAUUUCUCAUGAGAACUGCUAAAGGAGAAGAGCGUCACCAGUUAGAUUUUAUACAAAUGCACCGAGUAAAAGAGUUUACAUUCCGUCCUCUAACUGAAGAGUCAGACUUAGACAGUAUAUCAAAUGGUGAAGAUAUGUCAUCAAGUAAAAUAGCCAAAUUAAAACGACAAACUUCCAAAACUAGUGUAUGGAAUUGUGACGGUGAAGUUAUUCCACAUCCAAAAGUUAAUGUCAGGGUCCAUUGUCAACUAGUUAAGUUGUUCGCUAGAGGUGUAGAGGAUCUGAAUAUGACCGAGGACCAAAAAUGUAAGACAUGUUGUAAUCCAGCAUUUGAAAAGUUGUGAUAUAUUUGAUAUUUCAUCGCAGUUCUUUGCAGUAUCUCACUGGGCUGAUCUUCCAAUCAUUCAAGAAGGAGGCUAAAAGAAACAAAAGUAAUUUUCAGUGUUGUUAAUUGUUCAAUAUUUGAAAAUCCUAUCGCUAUGAAAUCCUACAUUAUAAUCUUUGAUCAUUUACACAACUUGUAAAAAUUAUUAUUAGGCAAGCAUUUUCAGGCAUAGGCUUGAUUGUUAAUUUGAUAACUGUGAAUUAUGGCUCUUGUGGGUGAAUACCUUGUUUCUUCUUGUGUCUACCUACUUAUCACCCUCUGUGAUAUCUACAGUCAUAUCAAUAUGAAUGACCUACUUCUGUACUGGUGCUUGGCAGCACACAAAUUUUAUUCUCCUAUAAAGUUGCCCCAUUGUAAUAUUUAUUGGUUCUACAAUAAAAAUUAAUCAGCAUUAAUUUUGUAAAACAUUUUAAUGUUUCAGAGGCUUAUUUUAUAUACCCCUGUAUAUAUCAGAGAGCAAAUGUGAUAAUUAUGCAAAUGGCUAGGCCCCCUACUUAUUGUGGAAUAUGGUAUAUACAGUAUUUUUUUCUAUAAUUGCCAUCAAUUGUUAGUUAGUCCAUUAUUCUUGCUUUGCUUUAAUUUUUUUUCAUGUGAAGAACAAGUCUUUGAAAUAUUUGUUUCCACUAUAGAAACUUAGUAGAGACAGCAUUUGUCCACCAGAUCCCAGAGUUCACAUCCAUUAAUAUAGCAUUUUGACUUGGUUUAGAACAAUAUUUAUUAUACUAUUGGACCCCUUCAUUUCUUGAUAUGAUUCUAAACCCCCAACACUUUUCAUCAUGAAAUGUUUUUUUUUUUAUAAUGUGUACCCGUAUAACAUUUUUUUAUCACAGAAAAUAAAGAAAAUAAUGAGAAGUUCUUAAAUAUUUUCCUCUUUUUAUUCAUAACAGAAAUCAUUAGUCUGUUGUUGCUACUUAAGUUUAUAUAACAUGAUUUCAAUGGCGUUUUUACUGGAUUGCUCAUUUAAAUAACAAAAUUCAUGUUUUAAUUAAAGAAAUUGUUAUAGUUAAGUUUUAGAAUAUUUUUUUUGGUAUUAUUUAUUUUAAUGUAAAGUUGUUUUGCUGUAUGUUUUAUUCCUGUAGAAUUGAAUUGCCUAAUUUUCAAUGUUAUUUGUAUUCAACAAAGAUUACAGGCUGUAGAAAUUCGCCAUUCACGAUGAAGAACUUAGCUCUUUUAUUAAGAUGAUCAAAAUUUUUGAGUGUAGAUUUCUUCUUGUGAGUAUUGUUCAUUACUUAUAAGUCAUACAUUUUUAGCUCGACUUUUCUAUGAAAAGGGGAGCUAUCCUACUCGCCCCGGCGUCGGCGUCGGCGUUAGCGUUGGCGUCACACCUUGGUUAAGUUUUUCGUACCACCCCACUUUAUUUCAGAAGUAUUACAAGUAUGGCUUUGAAACUUACCAUACUUGUUCACCAUCAUAACCUCCAUCUACAGACAAGAGUACAUAACUCUGUCAAGGUUUUUGACAGAAUUAUGGCCCUUUUUUGACUUAGAAAGUGUAUUGAGCUUGGUUAAGUUUUUUGUACCACCUCACUUUAUUUCAAAACCAUUGGAGGUAUUGCUUUGAAACUGACCAUACUUGUUUACCAUCACGACCUUCAUCAACAGACAAGAGGACAUAACUCUGUCAAGGUUUUUGACAGAAUUAUGCCCCUUUUUGACUUAGAAAAUACAUUGAAUAUGGGUAAAAUCCACUUAUUGCCUUAACCCUUUGAGAUAUUGCUUUGAAACUUUUAAUGCUAUUUCACAUCAUUACCCCCAUCUGUACGCAAGAGAAGGUAACUCUGUCAAGGAUUUGUUUUAAAAAUUAAGGCCUUUUAUCGACUUAGAAUCUUGGUUAAGUUUUUAGUACCAGUCCACUUUUUGACUGAACUGUUUGAGAUAUUAAUUUGAAAGUUGGAAUACUUGUUUACAAUCAUGAUUCCCAAACAUGUCCAGGAGAAGGUAAUUCUGUCAAAGAUUUUAUUUGAAUUAUGGCCAUUGUUCACUUUAAAAAUACAGAGAUUCUUGUAUUGCCUUUUACUGCAAAAACUUUUUUUAUUGGCAAGCAAUAAAAAAGUCGAGCGCGCUGUCUUACGGACAGCUCUUGUUAUCUAUCUACUGAGUAACAGUAUAUGUAUUCUUUUCAAAAUAUCUAUGUCCAUUUUUAGCUCGACUUUUCUAUGAAAAGGGGAGCUAUCCUACUCGCCCCGGCGUCGGCGUUAGCGUCGGCGUUAGCGUCGGCGUUGGCGUCACACCUUGGUUAAGUUUUUCGUACCACCCCACUUUAUUUCAGAAGUAUUACAAGUAUGGCUUUGAAACUUACCAUACUUGUUCACCAUCAUAACCUCCAUCUACAGACAAGAGUACAUAACUCUGUCAAGGUUUUUGACAGAAUUAUGGCCCUUUUUUGACUUAGAAAGUGUAUUGAGCUUGGUUAAGUUUUUUGUACCACCUCACUUUAUUUCAAAACCAUUGGAGGUAUUGCUUUGAAACUGACCAUACUUGUUUACCAUCACGACCUUCAUCAACAGACAAGAGGACAUAACUCUGUCAAGGUUUUUGACAGAAUUAUGCCCCUUUUUGACUUAGAAAAUACAUUGAAUAUGGGUAAAAUCCACUUAUUGCCUUAACCCUUUGAGAUAUUGCUUUGAAACUUUUAUUUCUAUUUCACAUCAUUACCCCCAUCUGUACGCAAGAGAAGGUAACUCUGUCAAGGAUUUGUUUUAAAAAUUAAGGCCUUUUAUCGACUUAGAAUCUUGGUUAAGUUUUUAGUACCAGUCCACUUUUUGACUGAACUGUUUGAGAUAUUAAUUUGAAAGUUGGAAUACUUGUUUACAAUCAUGAUUCCCAAACAUGUCCAGGAGAAGGUAAUUCUGUCAAAGAUUUUAUUUGAAUUAUGGCCCUUAACUGUCAAUGUUUUGUAUUAUAGGCAAGCACUAAAAAACUUAAAAAAUCUAAAAAAAUUCAUUCCUAUCCACUUGUUCACUUUACCAUAAAUUAUGUCAUAUAAACAUUGCUGUAAUAUUCAAGGGUAUCAAACAACUAGUUAUUUUUCUCUUUUUGUACUUGAAAUUAAAAUCAGUAGUAUAUGCAUAUUUCACAUUUUAUCUCGCCUAUUUGAUUGGUGGACAAGUUACACAAUUCAGUAAAAUAAUUCUUCACUAAAUAUCUUAAUGCUCAUGGCCAUUGUUCACUUUAAAAAUACAGAGAUUCUUGUAUUGCCUUUUACUGCAAAAACUUUUUUUAUUGGCAAGCAAUAAAAAAGUCGAGCGCGCUGUCUUACGGACAGCUCUUGUUAUCAAUUAUUCUACCUAUUAAGUAUUAGUUAGAUUUAUCAUUUUAUUUUACAAUUUUCAAUGCAAAGGGUUAACAAAUGUAAUUCAAACAGAAAAUGCAAUUUCAUAUGUUUUAAUUAGAUGUAGAAACUUUUAACAUGCCAUGCUUAAUUUGCAAAUAGUUGGUUGUUAUGAAAUUUUGUGUACACAGACAUAAAAGAUCUAAAGUGUAAUUGGUGUUUUAAGAAGUUAUGAAUGUAAAUUAUGAAAUGAGAAAAUUUAAGGUUUACAAAUAGUUUACCUUUUAUAGACUUAAAAACAAUAGUUUUUUCUUCUCGAAUUUCAGCGUAAAAUUUAAUUUUGCAUAUCUAGUUUUUGUCAUUUUUGUUAUAAUAACCUGAUUCUAAAACUACCAGCUAAUGCACAAAAUCUGCAAGUUGUAAAACAAGUUAACAAGUUUAUUUGUUAUUAUAUACAACCAUGCUGUAAUUUAUAUGGCUAUGAUCAUGUAUAAUGUGUAUAUCUGUAAUUUUACUGGGAAGUUAUUUUUGUUAUUCUUUUUUAUUUUGUCAUAUUUUAAAUGACAUAAAAAUCAAUGCACUUAUUAUUGAUUAACAAAACAAUGCACUUUUGAUUAUGUAACUAAUUUGUUUUUUCUAUGAUUAAUAUAUACCUGCAAAAAAAUCAAUGCAUAUUCUAAUUAAUUAUAAUAGUGUUCAUAUAUAAAAAAUAAACAUUGUGUUUUGUUCUAUAAAUCAUUUUUACUGUUAAUUUGUACUAUGUUUUAUUUUUAUACUAACUUAUGUGAUUCAGAAUUUUGAACAAAGUGAGAAUGAAAAUAUAAUAUAUUUGUAUAUGGAAUAUAUUUCACUGAUGGAAAUUUUUAUAUGCAUGAAAAAAUAUUAGAGCGCUGUAGGAUAUAUGUGAACCAUCGGGUAUUUUCAUUAUAACUCUUAGAAGUAUAAUUCUAUUAAGUUCUUCACUUAAAAAUGACAAUCAAAACGUCUUUUUUCUGUUGCCGUCCACCCAGCGCCAGUACGUUCAAGUGAAUGUUUAUUUUUGCAUGUUGUGAAAUCUCAGAGGAUCAUGCCACUAUCUUAUAAUAACCUUAAGAAAAUAUAGUCAAUACUUAAAUUCAUAAAACAUUUUUAUGAUAUAUUUUAUACAAGUAAACUAUAAAUUUUGGGUGAAAAAAAUCUUCUUAUCAACAUGUGAUCAUAUUUUAGUUGUUUAUACUACUUGAUUCAUCAUAUAAUGUGGUUCCAAUACUCGUAACAACAUUUUAUUGAUGUUGGGUAUUUUGGAACAGGUAAAUAUCAAAUGUUUAGUAUGUUAUUAUAUAUUAUAGAAACGUAUCAUUAACUCAUUUUGAAGUUGUGUUUGUACAUCAGAUAUGUUUUUGUAAAAAUACAUCUUAUAUAAAAUCUAGAGAAAGGGCAGGGAAAAUAUGGAUAAAACAAAUUGACUCAGACUUAAAGCGUAAAAAACUGAAAAGCAAAAGGGAACCUGACUUCUUAGAUUCCGACAUAUCAGUUUAUUUUGGUGACGAUGGUCUUGCAGAUAUGAAUACUGGCAUUACACUUACAUGCUAAUCCUGUGACAUUCCUUAUGUUAAUAAAAGCACUAUAUUUAUUCCAGCACGUUGAAAGCAUAGCACAAUCUAUUGUAUCAUAGUACAAAACAAAGACAAGGAAAGGAGGAAUUGCCGAUUUGACAAUAUAUUUAUCCAAGAAUAGCGCUAGUUAUUGCACCUUUUUUCGAUAGUGCAUUAACAUCUGCAGUCGCCCUCAGACUUUUUAAAUCCCUCACUGGGCAGGCUCAGGCUUAAAAGUGCCCUCAUGCUUCUGAAGAUAUUAAUGCAUACAAAAAGGUGCAUUAACCCUCUAAUAGUAAUCGAAAUGAACAGAUAAAUUGAAUCACAUUUAGACCAUUUUACCUCACAUACUCUAAAGAAAGCAUCAUAAUAUAGUAUAUUUAAUUAAGACUUGUUUAAGAAUUUUUAAAUCAAAUUGGACUAUGCAAAAUAAUAUUUUGUGUUCUAUGUUUUGUUACAAAACUAUUUUAUACUAAUAUUAACGUUUCUCAAAAUGCCCUUCUUUCUGUCCAUAAAUACCAGAGGCGUUCCAAAACUGCCUCCUCAUGUUGUUCUUUUUAACAAGGUAUAUCACAUUUGUUUUGCAUAUGCUUAUGAUAGUGGCCCAUUAUAGAUGAUAGUCUUAAAGAGUUUAUCUUAAGUUUUCAAUACCAAUACUGAAACAAGCAUAUUUAAAAUCACAGUAACAAAUAUGCCUUAGAUGUCCCAAUAUACCCGACAAUGCUCUAUAAAGAAUAUUAAGGGCCUAUUUCUAUACAGAAUGUCCCUUUGUUGUCCACAGUUAACAGAAUAGGAUUUGCGUUAGACCUGCAGAUGUAGGAUAUGCAGGUGUACAUUCACUCUAGGUUGCUCUGUAUUAUGUUGUUUCCUGACACUUAAGUUGAAGAUAAAAUAAGUUUUUCUUUCAAAGUACACUCAUGAGAAAGUACAACCAUGAGAUUGUACAUUUAAGAGAAAAUACAAUCAUGAAAAAGUACACUUGAGAAAAUAUAGUCAUGAGAAACAGAAUAAAUGCAAUUAUGAUAAUAUAAUGUAUUAUCCAAUGGUUUUGUGAGUUUUGUGAAACUUAAGUUAAUUAUUGUGAUAUCAUGUUUUGCUUUUAGUUGUGUUUUCAUUUUGAUGUUGUCAACCGAUGUAAAAAAAAUAGCUAGAGGUGUGUUAAGAUGUUGUAUGCUCAUAUUUUCUAGAUUAAUGUUAAUUAAAUUGUUAUCAUGGAUACAGGAAAAAUAUGUUAUUUUGAGAAAUAUGAUGUUGUAUGCAAAAAUAUAUGAAACAUAUUUCAAUUUUACUAAAUAUACAUUAUAUAUGUAGCAUUUUAUAGUGAAAGAUUUUAUCCAAAGUAGCUCAUAUUAAACUAUUGAAAAUAAUGAUAUUUUAAUAAACUUAUGUUCUUAUUAAAGUUAAUCAUGCAAAUAUUUAUUGAACUCUAUAUAUUUCUCAAGAUAUUUUUUUCUAUUUCAAAGCAUUCCAAUUCUGUCGUGCCAUGUGUUUAAUACUAACUACAUAUCUUUAACUUGUUGCCACAAUGACCGUCACAAAAUUAUUUGGAAUUUUGUAACUUUUUUAUGGUAAUUUUUUUCUAAAUGUAUUAUUGAAAUGUAUUUGUAUUUAUAGGCAAGACAAUUUUAGAUAUAACAAAUGUCCUCUUAUAAAUAUUUGAGGUAAGAUUUUAUAUUUGACUGUAGUAUAUGCAUAGAGUAAUUUUUUUCUCUGUUUAUUUCAUACUUUUUAAUGGGAUUAAAUCAAUUUUACCGACUUGAUGCAAAAUAUCAUGCAUUCACUUUUACGAUGUCAUCAAAUUAGGACAUCACAGUGUUUUUGUUAAAAAAAAACAAUUCUGUAAAAUUUCACAAAUUUUAAUAGGUGCAGAUUAUAUGCUUCCAAUAAUCAUUUGCAUUUUGAUAAUAAUAGAGCACUUAUCCAAUGAACUUUCCUUUCAUUUAUAAAAUAUUCUUACCAUCUGCAUUCAAAUAUAGUUUUGACAACUGUGAAAUAAUAUUUUAAAAAUUUCACAUUGAAAUUAUCAAAAUAAAAUUUUGUUUUCAGCUAAAAAGCAUGUGAUAAGUAGUGUUUUGACAGAUUUUCAGUAAUUUUUUAAAAAUUUUAUAGCUUCACAAACUUGUCACAAAUGAAAAUUUUCAGAUAUUUGAAAAAAGUCUUUCUGUUAACAUUUAAAAAUAUACGAGUACUUGUAGUUGAUAUGCAAUUUUGAAUGUAUCCAAAACAGUUCUUUAAAAAUAUGGGGAAGUACUUAUUUCCCUUUAUUCCUAUGACAUAUCUCCCUUUAUCUAUCUAUCUAUCUGUCUGCCAUUAUAUUAAUGCCAAACAACUUGCAGGGACCUAGACAUGUCUGCAUGUCAAAAUUGCAAGAAAGUUAAAAAGAUUUGUUUCAAAAACAGGAUGAAAAAGAAUUAAUAUUAAAAAUGUUAAAAACGGGUCUGGAAAACUAGGGUGAGACAUGUUCAAUGCAAGCUAUAGCUGCAUUGAAAUGCUCUUGGGUAGGGAGUAGGGCAACUGCAGGGGGUAGGUGAUUCCCAUGGUAUACCAUCCUUGGAAGUUGCUGCGAAUGACCUAUAACACAGGCGAUGGCCCUGGUGUGAUGUUUGGGAGAGGGGUGUCACAUAUUCUUCUAUACUAACAGAGGCAUCGGUCAACCAUGGCACCAUGGUUAAGUUAUUAUUUUUUUUUAUAUUUUGCCCUUUUUUUUCACGAAAACCAUUGAGUUCUUGCUUUCUUUGAUACUUGAACUUUUUAUUUAAAGCCAUCAUCUAUAUCUAUAUGCAAAAUUACUUAAUUUUAUUAAUUAUUUUUCUGUUAAGAGAAGUUAAAUCUGUCAAAGAUUUUGCGACAAUUAUGCCCCAUUUUCAACGAUACUGUCUUGUAGACAACUUUACUUUAAUAUUUAGUAUUAUGUAUGGGUAUAAGAUAUGAAAUUUAAUUUUACAAUGUUAAAAAGAUUUACUCAAUUUUUGAGUGUCUCCAGCUGAUUUUAUAGGACAGUUAGAAGUGUGAACCGAAACUUGUGUAUAAUUAUGUUCUAUAUAUAUUAUUCAGAUAUGUAUCUUUAACUUUUAAAAGAUGGUUACUUAGACAUUUAUUAUAAAUAUUUCCAUUGCGUAAGAUUUGAUUGUUUAAUUAAUUUUGUUUUUAUUUAUUUAUAUUUCCUUUGUUUUUAUAUGCUUAUAAGAAUUUUGUGGAUAAUGUUAUAUCCACCAGGUCUUUUGUGACUUGUUAUCAUACAAAAAUUUUAUUAUAAUGGAGAUGUUUCACAAAAAUUACAUGUAUCAGUCUCUUCCCUUACUGAACUAUUAUUUUUUUUAUUACAAUAACAAAGUUAUAUUCAAGUGUAUAUUGUCCCACCUUUGUGGUGCUCUUGUUUAUAUUGUAGAACUGUUUUUCAUUGUGUAUAUUAUAAUUUAAUUAUUAAUGGCAUAGUAUGUCAAUUUCUUCAGAAAUUUGUAUACUGUAACUGAGAAGAAACUUUCGUUUUAAUUAGAUUGGGUAAUUAAUAGAUGGGGAAAUUUCUUUUUUAUAAGGUAUCCAUUCUACACAUAUGUAUUGAGAUUUUUACAUGUUAGGGGUUCCCCUGGAACAGCUGGGCUGUCAAUUUUUCCACUGCUUAUAAAUGAGCUGCGUCAUGGCAAAACCAACAUAGUGUGUUUGCGACCAGCAUGGAUCCAGAUCAGCCUGCGCAUCAGCGCAGUCUGAUCAGGAUCCAUGCUGUUUUGUUAUCAGUUUCUCUACUUGUUAUAGAGUUGGUAAGCGAACAGCAUGGAUCCUGAUCAAACUGCGGGGAUGCGCAGGCUGGUCUGGAUCCAUGCUGGUCGCAAACCCAUUAUGUUGGUUUUGUCGUGACGCGGCUCAAAUACUUAUAAAAAUUGUUUUUACAUAGAGAAUUCAUUAAAAAAUUAAAGUUUAUGCAUUGUGAAAUGAAAUUUUCAUCAUAUAUCAUGUUUAAUAGGGAAAAAAGUUUUCUUUCCUACAAAUGUUUUUAUCUACCUGUUGGUCAGGCAUUGUACUUACUCUAAAAAAAGAAGAUACAUGUAUAAUUUAAAAUUUUAAUUAAAGCAAUAGGCCUCUAGCUUCAUACUAAUCUCACCCCACCCCUGCCUUUUGAAAUAUUAAAAGUUUCCUUAGUAGUAUAAUUAUUAUACAUUUGUACAAAUAAAGUUAUUUAAACUAUUAAAGUCAGAAACUAUCAAACUGUCAAAUUAUCUAUGGGUGUAGAAAUAUGCAAAAAGUUGACUAUCAUUGUAAUAGGUGGAAUUAUAUACGGUAAUUGAAAUAAGGACAUUAACCAUAUUUUCUAUGAGUCAUGAAUACAUUGUAUUGAAUUCUUACACACUUCUUCAAUUCUAAAUGUAUUUUUUUUAUUAUUUGUAUUGUUUAACUUUAAGCAUGGAGGAGACAUCUGAAUAUACCCAUGCAACCAGUGGAGACCAAGAUCAGCUGGCCAUAGUCAUGCUGUCUGAUUAUGGUCUGCACUUUUUGCUAUUUAGUCAGUGUAUAUUGUGAAAUUUUCCCCUCAAAAUGGUGAAUGGUUUUGUCCAGAUUGAAAGUUAAGCAAGUCCAUUUUAGAUAUUAAGUGAAUGUAAGGGUAUAUUAUCUUGAGUUUUAGGUCCAUUUUAAAUUUCAACAUCUGCAUAUAUGUACCAAGGUUUAUUGGGUCUCAAACAUACUUUAUGUAUAUGUUUUGAGUUUAGAAGUAUAUACGGUAUUAGAUGCAAUAAAUUCACUUUUUGGUUAUUUUUUCAUAUCAGUUUACUGUAUAAGAUAAAAAUCCAAUGUUUUGUUAUUUUUCUCUGGCAAAUAAAAGCUCUAUAUUGUG